AUGACUCCUCCUCCGAGUUCGGAAGACACGGUAACUCCGGGAAAAGUGUUGAGACUUCGCAAAGCCAUAUACGGUCUAAAACAAUCUCCAAGAGCUUGGUAUCACAAAUUGAGCUCCACAUUGAAGGCUAAUGGAUUCAAGAAGUCAGAAUCCGAUCACACCUUGUUUACUCUCCAAAAUGAUCAAGGCAUUGUAGUUGUUUUGAUCUAUGUUGAUGACUUGAUCAUCUCGGGGAGUAACAAGGAAGGUAUUAAGACUAUCAAAGCUUCUCUUCAUAAUGCUUUUGACAUUAAAGAUCUUGGUGUGUUGAAAUACUUUUUAGGUAUCGAAGUGUGUAGAUCACCAGAGGGUCUCUUUCUCUCACAAAGGAAAUACACACUCGAUCUUCUCAAGCUUACGGGAAAGCUUGGAGCCAAGGUGGUUUCAACACCAUUAGAACCAGGAUAUAAGGUCAAUCGAAAGGGGGAGAAGGAUGAUACACCAUACCAUUGCCCGGAGCAAUAUAGAAGACUUGUGGGUAAGUUAAUCUAUUUGACUUACACUCGGCCUGAUAUUUCUUUUGCCGUGAAUCAGGUAAGCCAACACAUGAAGGAGCCUACGGUCUAUCAUUGUUGUAUGGUGGAUAGGAUUAUAAAGUAUCUCAAGGGGAGCCCCGGCCAAGGCAUUUGGAUGGGAAAGAACUCUAGCACUAAGAAAGUUGGUUAUUGUGAUGCGGAUUAUGGUGGAGAUCGCAAUGAUAGGCACUCCACAAUCGCCUUUUGCACCUUCAUUGGAGGAAACUUAGUGACUUGGAAGUCAAAGAAGCAAAAGGUGGUGUCAUGUUCAAGUGCGGAAGCGGAAUAUAGAGCCAUGAAGAAGCUUACUAACGAGUUGACAUGGUUGAAGGCGCUUCUUAAGGACUUUGGGAUUGAGCAAAGGACUCCGAUCAUGUUUCAUUGUGACAAUCAAGCGGCUAUUUACAUCGCCACUAACUCAGUGUUCCAUGAGAGGACCAAGCACAUUGAGAUCGAUUGCCACAAGACACGAGAGAAGAUUGAAGACGGCACAAUCCUUCCAUGCUACACCAAGAGCUCGGACCAAUUGGCCGACAUCUUCACCAAGGCAGCAAGUCCCCAAGUUUGCGAGUUUAUCCAUGGCAAACUUGGGCUUGUAGACCUCACACAUCCUUGA